AUGGAUGAAGAGAACCCAAGACGGCCGAGAGCUGUGUCUGGAGCCAGAAGCGAAGGUCCUAUCUCACCAACUAGGGUCUCCCGAGGAUCUCGAGGAGUCGACGACGAUGUUGCCGUCUCCCCUACUAGAGUAUUCUCGACCGUCGAAGAAGGUACCUCUAGCUCUGGCAUCCGAAGACGCAGCUCAGCAGCGAGACGAAGUGGCAGUGGAGUGCCGAGUCUGACCCCUCGAACUACUCUCGCAGAUCGGACACAGGGGAAAUUCACUCUAGCUGGCCCAGAUGAGACUCCGCAAAUGCGGCUCUCUCAUGAGCCCUUCGUGCAACCUGGGUAUGCCGAUUUGAACCCAUCCUAUGAGCAGGCAAACAAUGCCAAACCCGUGUGGAGUUUGGCCAAGCCGCUGCCUCGUGUUGUGCGGCCAGGCAUGGUGCCCACCAAGGAUGAAUUGCUCCAGAAUCUUGCCAAUGCGCAGUUGCCUGCCGAGAACUCGCAGCGACUCGGCUUGGAUGUGGACCCCAAUGACCUUGAACAGGGUCGGAUUGAUAAGACUGCCGACCCGCGGAAGAUGGCGGCGCAGGUUGAAGAUGCGCGUUUGCAACGUGAGAACGCAUUCAUGAACAAGAUUCUGAGUGGGGAGACGGGAUCAAUUAGACAAGGAUCACGUUUGUCUCGCACUUCUUCGACUCGGUUGAGACGACCCUCAAACAGGGAGGAGCAGCUCUCGACUGUUGAGGAAGCAGGAUCGCAAGCAACAGAUGAAUCACCAAGGAGACAGCCAGAGUACCUUAGCGAUGACCCAUUGCGAACGGUGCCUGAGGAGCCAGAACUACACACAGAUGAUGAACCGGACACCAAAUUUGAGAUCCCCGCUCUUGAUGAAGCGACCUGCCCAGAGGACCUACACCCGUUGAUCCAAGAUCUGGUCGAAGACGAAGUACACAACAACCACACAACAUGGUCAGUCAUUCGAACGCAUCAUCGCGAAGCUCUAGCGGAGGCCCUUGCUGCCUAUGUCCAGCUCACCAUUGGCUUCUGUGCAGACCUGUCGGUCACGGUGGCAAACGCGGGAAACCCCAACACAACCGCCUGGGCCUGGGGCUUCGCUACCAUGAUCGGUAUCUAUAUCUCUGGUGGUGUCUCUGGUGCUCAUCUCAAUCCAGCAAUUACCACAAUGCUCUGGUUUUAUCGUGGUUUCCCCAAGCGCAAAAUGCCCGAGUAUUUUGCAGCCCAGUUCAUUGCCGCCUUCUGUGCUGGCCUAACAGCAUAUGGGCUUUACUACCACUCGAUCGACUACUACAUCAGCACAAAUACCGACUCCGCAAUCAUCAAUAGUUUCGUCACCAACCAGCGGGAAAAUUGGAUUGGCCCUGCGACAGCAUUCUUCACCGAGUUCCUAGGAACAUGCUUCCUCGCCGUGACAGUACUUGCUCUGGGUGACGACCAAAAUGCUCCACCGGGUGCGGGCAUGAACUCCUUGAUCAUCGGUCUUGUUAUUACUUGUCUGUCUAUGACCUUUGCCUAUCAGACCGGUGCUGCUUUUAACCCCAGUCGAGACUUUGGUCCACGCCUCGCACUGCUUGCGCUGGGUUAUAACAAUGAUCUUUUCCUGAAUCCGUACUGGUUCUACGGACCCUGGGUGGGUGCAACGGCCGGCGCCUUCAUGGGAGCUUUCCUGUACGAUUUCAUGAUAUUUACUGGUGGUGAAUCUCCUGUCAAUUACCCUCUGGAGAGAACCCAGCGUGCGAUGAAGAAGAGCCGGAUGAAGUGGAGGCGUCGUCUGCGUCUCGAGAAGCGCAAGCCAAGGAAUGUGCCCGUUGCAUGA